CUGAGGCACUGGGCCAUGGAUGAGCUUGCUCUAGUGGCUCUGGGUGCCAGCAUCCUGGUUCCCCAACCCCAGACCAAGGACGCCUCACCUAUUGAAGCUGAGGAGCCAGCCCUGUCCUCUGGACCUGUGAUGGGAGAGGCAAUCCUGCCAUUUCUGAAUCACCUGUGGGUUACAGAUGUAGAGCUGAAACGACUGAAAGAUGCCUUCAAGAGGACCUGUGGCCUGUCAUAUUACAUGAGCCAGCACUGCUUCAUCAGGGAAGUGCUUGGAGAUGGAGUCCCUCCAAAAGUUGCUGAGGUGAUUUACUGUUCCUUUGGUGGAACAUCGAAAGGACUACACUUCAAUAAUUUAAUAGUUGGACUUGUCCUUCUUACAAGAGGCAGAGAUGAAGAGAAAGCAAAAUACAUUUUUAGUCUUUUUGCAAGCGAAUCUGGGAGCUAUGUUAUACGGGAAGAAAUGGAAAGAAUGCUCCAUGUGGUGGAUGGUAAAGUCCCAGAUACACUCAGGAAAUGUUUCUCAGAGGGUGAAAAGGUAAACUAUGAAAAGUUUAGAAAUUGGCUUCUUCUAAACAAAGAUGCUUUUACCUUCUCUCGUUGGCUACUGUCUGGAGGUGUGUAUGUGACCCUCACUGAUGAUAGUGAUACUCCCACUUUCUACCAAACUCUGGCUGGAGUCACACAUUUGGAGGAAUCAGACAUCAUUGAUCUGGAGAAACGCUACUGGUUGCUGAAAGCUCAGUCCCGGACUGGACGAUUUGAUUUAGAGACUUUUGGCCCAUUGGUUUCACCACCUAUUCAUCCAUCUCUAUGUGAAGGUUUGUUUAAUGCUUUUGAUGAAAAUCGUGACAAUCACAUAGAUUUCAAGGAGAUAUCCUGUGGAUUAUCAGCCUGUUGCAGGGGUCCCUUGGCUGAAAGACAAAAAUUUUGCUUUAAGGUGUUUGAUAUUGACCGUGAUGGAGUUCUCUCCAGGGUUGAACUUAGAGACAUGGUCAUUGCACUUUUAGAGGUCUGGAAGGACAACCGCACUGAUGAUAUUCCAGAGUUACAUAUGGAUCUAUCUGACAUUGUAGAAAGCAUAUUGAAUGCACGUGACACCACAAAGAUGGGACAUCUUACUCUAGAAGACUAUCAGAUCUGGAGUGUGAAAAAUGUUCUUGCCAAUGAAUUUUUGAAUCUCCUUUUCCAGGUAUGUCACAUAGUUCUGGGGUUAAGACCAGCUACUCCAGAAGAGGAAGGACAAAUUAUUAGAGGCUGGUUAGAACGAGAGAGCAGGUAUGGUCUGCAACCAGGACACAAUUGGUUUAUCAUCUCCAUGCAGUGGUGGCAGCAGUGGAAAGAAUAUGUCAAAUACGAUGCCAGCCCCAUUGUAAUUGAGCCAUCAUCUGUUCUGAAUGGAAAAUACUCAUUUGGAACAGCGGUACAUCCUAUAGAGCAGAAUGAAGAUAGAAUCGGAGGAGGCAGCCUCAGUUAUGUGAAUGCCACAGAAGAGAAAUUUUCAGACAACAUUUCUACUGCAUCUGAAGCCUCAGAAACCGCUGGCAGCGGCUUUCUGUAUUCUGCCACACCAGGGGCAGAUACGUGCUUUGCUCGACAACAUAACACUUCUGACAAUAAUAACCAGUGUGUGCUAGGAGCCAAUGGGAAUAUAUUAUUACACCUCAAUCCUCAGAAACCAGGGGCUAUUGAUAACCAGCCACUAGUAACUCAAGAGCCAGUAAAGGCUACAUCAUUAACACUAGAAGGAGGACGAUUAAAACGAACCCCUCAGCUGAUUCAUGGACGAGAUUAUGAAAUGGUCCCAGAACCUGUGUGGAGAGCACUUUAUCAUUGGUAUGGAGCAAACCUGGCCCUACCUAGACCUGUGAUCAAGAAUAGCAAGACAGAAAUUCCAGAGCUGGAAUUAUUUCCUCGUUAUCUUCUCUUCCUGAGACAGCAGCCUGCCACUCGGACACAGCAGUCUAACAUCUGGGUGAAUAUGGGAAAUGUACCUUCUCCGAAUGCACCAUUAAAGCGGAUUUUAGCCUAUACAGGCUGUUUCAGUCGAAUGCAGACCAUCAAGGAAAUUCACGAAUAUCUAUCUCAGAGACUGCGCAUCAAAGAGGAAGAUAUGCGCCUGUGGCUAUACAACAGUGAGAAUUACCUUACUCUUCUGGAUGAUGAGGAUCAUAGAUUGGAAUAUUUGAAAAUCCAGGAUGAGCAGCACCUGGUAAUCGAAGUUAGAAACAAAGAUAUGAGUUGGCCUGAGGAAAUGUCCUUUAUAGCAAACAGUAGUAAAAUAGAUAGACACAAGGUUCCCACCGAAAAGGGAGCCACAGGUCUUAGUAACCUGGGAAAUACAUGCUUCAUGAACUCAAGCAUCCAGUGCGUUAGUAACACACAGCCACUGACCCAGUAUUUUAUCUCAGGGAGACAUCUUUAUGAACUCAACAGGACAAAUCCCAUUGGGAUGAAGGGGCAUAUGGCUAAAUGCUAUGGGGAUUUAGUACAGGAGCUUUGGAGUGGAACUCAGAAGAAUGUUGCUCCAUUAAAGCUUCGGUGGACCAUAGCAAAAUAUGCUCCCAGGUUUAAUGGGUUCCAGCAACAAGACUCCCAAGAACUUCUGGCUUUUCUCUUGGAUGGUCUUCAUGAAGAUCUCAACCGAGUCCAUGAGAAGCCGUAUGUGGAACUGAAGGACAGCGAUGGGCGACCAGACUGGGAAGUAGCUGCAGAGGCCUGGGACAAUCAUCUGAGAAGGAAUAAAUCAAUUGUUGUGGAUUUGUUCCAUGGGCAGCUGAGGUCCCAAGUUAAAUGCAAGACAUGUGGGCAUAUAAGUGUCCGAUUUGACCCUUUCAAUUUUUUGUCUUUACCACUACCAAUGGACAGUUAUAUGCACUUAGAAAUAACAGUUAUUAGGUUGGAUGGUACUACCCCUAUACGAUAUGGACUAAGACUAAAUAUGGAUGAGAAGUACACAGGUUUAAAAAAACAGCUGAGUGAUCUCUGUGGACUUAAAUCAGAACAAAUCCUUCUUGCAGAAGUACAUGGUUCCAACAUAAAGAAUUUCCCUCAGGACAACCAAAAAGUACGACUCUCAGUGAGUGGAUUUUUGUGUGCAUUUGAAAUUCCCAUCCCUGGAUCUCCAAUUUCAGCUUCUAGUCCAAUACAGACAGAUUUCUCCUCUUCCCCAUCUACAAAUGGGAUGUUCACCCUAACCACCAGUGGGGACCUGCCACGACCAAUAUUCAUUCCCAAUGGAAUGCCAAACACUGUUGUGCCAUGUGGGGCUGAGAAGAACUUCACAAAUGGAAUGAUGAAUGGUCAUAUGCCAUGUCUUCCUGACAAUCCCUUUAUGGGCUACAUCAUUGCGGUCCACCGAAAAAUGAUGAGGACAGAACUGUAUUUCCUGUCAUCUCAGAAGAAUCGCCCCAGCCUUUUUGGAAUGCCACUGAUUGUGCCAUGUACUGUGCAUACUCGGAAGAAAGACCUGUAUGAUGCGGUUUGGAUUCAAGUAUCUCGAUUAGCCAGCCCACUUCCACCUCAGGAAGCUAGUAACCAUGCUCAAGAUUGUGAUGACAGUAUGGGCUAUCAGUAUCCAUUCACUCUCCGAGUUGUGCAGAAAGAUGGGAACUCCUGCGCGUGGUGCCCAUGGUAUAGAUUUUGCAGAGGCUGUAAAAUUGAUUGUGGGGAAGACAGAGCUUUCAUUGGAAAUGCCUAUAUUGCUGUGGAUUGGGACCCCACAGCUCUUCAUCUCCGCUAUCAAACUUCACAGGAAAGGGUUGUAGAUGAGCACGAGAGUGUGGAACAGAGUAGACGAGCACAAGCUGAGCCCAUCAACCUGGACAGCUGUCUCCGUGCUUUCACCAGUGAGGAGGAGCUAGGGGAGAAUGAGAUGUACUAUUGCUCCAAGUGUAAGACCCACUGCCUGGCAACCAAGAAACUGGAUCUCUGGAGGCUUCCUCCCAUUCUGAUUAUUCACCUUAAACGAUUUCAAUUUGUAAAUGGUCGAUGGAUAAAAUCACAGAAAAUUGUUAAAUUUCCUCGUGAAAGUUUUGACCCCAGUGCUUUUUUGGUACCAAGAGACCCAGCUCUCUGUCACCAUAAACCACUCACACCCCAGGGGGAUGAUGUCUCUGAGGCCAGAGUUCCAGCAGGAGAGGUGAAGAAGGUGGAUGCUCAGAACUCAGCUGAGGAAGAGGACAUGCUCCUGAGGAAGAGCCCAUCCUCACUCAGUGCAAACAUCAUCAAUAGCCCUAAAGGUUCACCUUCUUCAUCAAGAAAAAAUGGAACCAGCUGUCCCUCCAGCAAAAGCAGCAGCCCUAACAGCAGCCCUCGGACUUUAGGGAGGAGCAAAGGGAGGCUCCGGCUACCCCAGAUCGGGAGCAAAAAUAAACUAUCAAGUAGUAAGGAAAACUUGGAGGCCAGCAAAGAGAAUGGUGCUGGGCAAGUUUGUGAGCUGGCUGAUGCCUUGAGUCGAGGGCACAUGCUAGGGGGCAGUCAGCCUGAGCUGGUCACCCCUCAGGACCACGAAGUAGCUUUGGCCAAUGGAUUCCUUUAUGAGCAUGAGGCAUGUAGCAAUGGCUACAGCAAUGGUCAGCUUGAAAACCACAGUGAAGAAGACAGCACUGAUGACCAAAGAGAAGAUACUCAUGUUAAGCCUAUUUAUAAUCUAUAUGCAAUUUCGUGCCAUUCAGGAAUUCUGGGCGGGGGCCAUUAUGUCACUUAUGCCAAAAACCCAAAUAGCAAGUGGUACUGUUACAAUGACAGCAGCUGUAAGGAACUUCACCCUGAUGAAAUUGACACCGACUCUGCCUACAUUCUUUUCUAUGAGCAACAGCAGAUAGACUAUGCACAAUUUCUGCCAAAGAUCGAUGGCAAAAAGAUGGCAGACACAAGCAGCAUGGAUGAAGACUUUGAGUCCGAUUACAAAAAGUACUGUGUGUUACAGUGAAGCUACCACUCUGGCUACUAGACAGGCUGGUGGUGAGGGGGAUGACUCCCUGUAGCUGACAUUUGGCAAAAGCAUCGCUGAAAGGCAAGCUAAAUGUAGUUAUUUUAUCCUGUGGCCCUGAAGCACAAAAUAAAAAUCCUAAUUAAAAUAGCAGUUAACAUAACAGUAGUGAUAAUUUUGUUUGGAAGUGUCUCACACAAGUUCUCUGGUAGAGAACUUUCAGGCAGAGCGCACCAUUAGCCUGUAAACAAAAGGGUUUGGCACCAGCCACUUGGGACCAAAUAAGAAAUUGUGCUUGUCCAGAUAGGAACAAAUAUGUAGUGAGUGUAGAGUUUACCAAUAAUCAGAACAAAAUACUAAGAAUCUCCUUGGAGUCAAAGUAAAACAAAAAAUCGUAGUGUUGUCUGGAGACGACAUGAUAUGCUACCUCCUUUUACCUGAAGUUCUAUUCCAUUAUAUUGGCAAGACGGAGAAAACAAGAUCCUGAAGGUGUGCAAAGGAUUCCUACAGUGUGGAUGCAGACUUCUUGAUUAAUUUUUUAAACCAUUUUCCCACUCCUCCUAUGCCUUUCUUGCUUUUUGUUUUUUGCUGUUGUGUUUGUGUUUGAGACACAACCAGUCAUUGAUGGCAGAGGCGUAUAUAAAUGGUCAAUCUUAAGAGCUGUGUGCCUUCUCCUUGGGGUCUUGGUUGAGAGACCCUGUAGGGAAAAAAAAAGCAUUCCAGGCAAUCCAGCUAACGUGGCCCUACGGAUAGAGGCCUCUUACUGUGUGGAUGCCUCAGGCAUCCUCUGAAUGCAUUCCCUCCUCCCCCACUGCGAGGUGUGGUAGGGUGGUUGCCAGUAUUUGCACCAUCUUCACAUGCACAUGUUGCACAAAGAACUUCUGAGAAGGAAAAUGACAUCAGCGCCAGAUGGUGUUUUACAACUAGUGGUUGUUGGUUCUUUGUUUCUUUGUUUUGCACUUUAAAAAAAGAAUACAUGCAAAUGAACUUUUCCAAACUUGCUCAUUAUUUGAUGGCUGUAAGGGCUAUAAAUUACCUUGAAAUGGGUUAUUGUCCCCCAUCAUAUUAAAUUAAAAAAAGAAAAACAUCCCAAGCAUUAAUGGUAUAUUUUUAAUGAAAUUGGUGGUUUUAGGGAGUAAACUUCUGUUUUCUUUGCAUAUCUUAUUUUGCCCCCCCAAAAGUUAUAUUUCUUUGCUCACUUCACUUUUUCCUCCAAUAAUUCAAGACUGGAACAAAAGUAUAAAUGUUAUUUAUUUCAGGCAGCAUUUUUUUUUCCUAUGUUCUUUUUAAAUAUAUGUUUGAAGUAAAUAUAUCACUUUUUUUUUUCAAUCUUUUUUUAUUCAUCUGGAUCCUGGAAUUGUCGGGCUCCAUUACCCUUCCUUCCUUCCUCAUAGAUAGUAGGUAAUUAAGCAUUUGUGUUAUGAUACCUGAGGCUGGUUAUUACCCAGUUCUUCUCAGAGCAUUUGGGAAGAUUGUCUUAAAUGGCUGCCUAACUUGAAACCCUCUUCAGAAGAAGACGGUAAUUGUAAGGAGGAAGGAAUGGCCUAAGUGGUAUAAUAUGAUGAAGUCAGAUAAAUGCAGACUUCAUAGUUUCAUAAUUUUCAGUAUAUAAAAUCUGUCCAUUCUUACCUGGACAAGUUCCAUGAAAAAGUGGAAGAUUUUAAAUAAUUUCCUUACAGAUGUUUUAUUUAAUCAGGUAGCACAAUCUACUAAUGUUGUUUGAUCUGUGUUUGUUAUAUUGGUUGUAAUUAAUUUUUUUAAAUUCAUGAUUAGAAAAUUUAUUAAAUUAACUAUUAACUACAUUCACCUUGUAAAUUACUGUAUAAAACUUGACAAUGCACUGACUUUAGAGAGAUGUUGAUGUAUAUAAAUAGAGUGUAAAUAAAAUAGUGUGGAUGUACUGAAAUAUGAACUGUAUAAAAAAAGUAUUGGUAAUUGUAUAUGGAGUGUACUUGUUUAUCUGUAACUAUUAUCCAAAUUAAAUACUGUGGAUGCA